GUUUUUCGUUUCAUUUUCCAUUACAACAUUUGAAUUAGUUCAGCCGGAAGUGAUAAACGAUUGGGUCCACACUACGAAUGGAGAAAAUGUCCAAACUUUGCUGAUUAUUGACAUAUGAUGCAAGACUCAUAGAAGACUCAUGGAUGUCAUAGAAGACUUGCAAAACAUUCUACUGGUUGUGCUAGACUAUCUUGGGAUAAAUGUUGAUGAACUGGUGAGGAAUAUUCGACGUAAUAGGGAGAGAGGUGUGAGGAGACGGAGCCUGGUUCGGCUCAUUGCAUCCAUCCUACCCCGCAAACCUGCCAGAAGAAUAAGAUUGCAGAGUCACCUGCUUGGCCCAAGUCAGCUGGUUUAUCGCCAUGGCAGCACAGAGAGUAUUAACACUUGUUUCUCCACCACUUCCUCUGAGGAUCUUCAGUGGGUGGAGGAGGACUGGGGAGAAAACUGCAUACACUACAGGGUGGAGAAGAGGGACAGUGACGAGGAAUGUGAUAUCAUAAAUGCUACCGAUGAUGCCACAUUCUUGAUACAGCGGAAGGAGAUGACAUCUACUCCUCUGAAUCAGUCGUUGUCGAUGUUGUCUAACAUGACGCAGGAUGCCAGCACAGUGUUGAAGCUAACAGCCAUGGAGGAAGAGCUGGCAGCACUACGCAAACAGAUAGCGCUGCUUGUACUCACACAGGAGACAAAUAAAUCUAUCAGAGUUGAUCCUGACGGCGCCAGCAUCCCUCUCCCAGCAGUUUGUCCCCCUCCUCCUCCUGCUCCUCCACUUCCCCCUUCCUGUCCCCCACCGCCUCCUCCACCACUCCCUCCACCGCCACCCUCCACAGCUGUGCCUGGUAUAAAGCCUAAAGCAAGUGGGAUGUCUCUAGCAGCUUUGCUCAAACAGCAAAAGUCAGGUCUACAGACAGCUGAGGAUUCCAAUCGCCCCAGCAACAGCACUGCGACAGAUGGAGUGCCAGACAUGUCACAGAUCCUCAAGGGGCUGGGAACAGUCAAACUAAAGUCUAUCAAAAGAUCUCCAGGGGGUACACCAGUACGAGGGAAGCCAAACUCAGACUCACUUGACGCUGCAUCUAUCAUAGCUCAAGCACUGAAGAAGAAGUUUGCGCAUCGCAGACUGUACAGCCCAGAACUCGACAAGGAGAACAACCCUGACUUCAGCUCUCCAGAUAUGAGCCCUAGACUGCCAUUCGGUCAACAUAUUCUCAAGAAGACCAGACGAAGAUCGUCUCUAGUUAAAGACACCACCCCAAAGAAACGAUCUUCCCUUUCAAGAGAUGGAACUCCUAAGAGGAGAUCUGCACAUAACAACUUGACUCCCACAACUCAGGACACCAGCGCCUCCACCCCUACAAACGACUCCUCCACCUUCACAGACACCACGCCUGUGGCACAGAGCUCACCGGUCCUGAAGAUCCGGAACUCGUGAUUACACUGUACCGAGAACAACAGAAUCAUGUGAUAUGGCUUCAGGUACACAACUGUGUUAUUAGAGGGAGAUAUCAAGCACUUGUUCAAAGCAUGGAUAUACACAAAUUACACAAUCGCACAUCUCAUUUUUUCAACACACAUCCCAACUCUGGUACCUGUGACAUUUAGGUCAUAUGGUACUCAGCUUUUCCAGUCUUUGUGUGCUGCUUGAUGACUUCCUUUAAGUCAGUUGUGAAGAGGUGCAUGUGUGUUUACCUGAUAAAUGAGCUGUAUUAUAAUUAGUGCUGAGGAUACUGUUCUAAAAGUCAAGGGCUCAUACCUGUCGUUUACUUGUAUCCAUAUAUUCUCUGCUGAUUUUUAUGUUUUGUUGUAGAGACACUAUAUUAUUGCAACCUUUGAAAGUCACUCUUUUGGCUGGCUCAGGACAAUUAAGUUGUGCUGAAGAUAUGUAUAAAUCCCGUACAUAGUUACUUUUGUCUUGUUCAAGGACUCGCUACAAACUCUGAGGACUAGGGAGUGAGUGAGUGAGUUUAGUUUUGCGCCACUUUUAGCAAUAUUCCUGCAAUAUCACGGCGGGGGGACACCAGAAAUGGGCUUCACACAUUGUACCCAUGUGGGCAUUACGCUGAGGACAAGGGAGAAGACAAAUUUCUGAGGCUGUGUAGAAAUGAUAUAGAUGAGUUCAUAGCAGUAUAAAACAAGUGCUCAGACAGACAAUAUCUUUUAUGUCUCAUUCUUAUUAAAUUGGGGAUGUUGAUAAGUGGUUGUUUAUCACGACCAGGUUGAUUUCACAAAGAUGUAAUGAUCUUUCAUGGUGCUUCUACUGUGAUAUUUAAUUUCUAAAACCUUGCUCAUUUUUAUUUCUUUCAUAGAAUCUGCCUUACUAAAAGCAGGUUAAAUAAACACUUCUCUUAUC